AUGUCCAACGAACAAAACAACAACAUUGAAACAUUAUUAAAAACAAUACAAACCGAAUCAAAUAGAUUAAUCGAACAAUUACCAACAGAAAUCCCAUCAACUUCAGAAGGAAUCUCUUUACUUUCAUUAAAAAAUGACAUUUUAUUAUCUUAUAUUCAUCAUCUUAUUAAUAUUUGUGCAUUAAGAAUUUCAGGCCCUACUUCAUUUUUAGAGAAAACUGGACCAAUGCCUAAUUCUAUUGAACAAUUGGUUUGGUUAAGAUUAGUGAUGGACAAAGUUAGACCUAUGGAAGGUAAACUUAAAUAUCAAAUUGAUAAAUUAGUGAAAAAAGUUGAAGAGAAUGCUGCUGGAGCUUUAGAAACUGAUCCAAAUUAUGUCAUCAAUGAUCCACUCGCUUUCCGUCCCAACCCAGCUGCAAUGGGUUUCACGGUUCCCGAUCAGGAGCUGUCUUCAUCGAACCAACCUGUAUCCACAAGCGCAGAACGUGAUGCUGGUGGAGAAAUUUACCGGCCACCACGUUUGGCUCCCAUGGCUUACCCCGAUCCAUCCACUACGGCAACUACAUCCGCAUCCGAAGGUCCUCGACGCCGACCAGCACCUGCGCCAUUGGCCUUACGUGAACUUGCGCAACUCUCAAAAAGCCAACCUCACGAAGAAUCAACGAGUGGGUUGGGUGUAUCAGCAGCAGUUGCUUCGGCUCGUGCACGUCAAUUAGCUAGAAUGGAUGAUUACGAGGAGAGUAACAUGAUUCGAUUAGUGACAUCUAAGAAGGAGAGUAAGAAACGUAGGGCAGAUGAGGCUGCUAUCGCAUUGGGUGGUCAAGGUGUGACAUGGGCAGCAGGUAAAGGAGUGGGUAGACGAGGUGGAUUGGAAAGUGAAUUUGCAGAUGUGUUGGGAAGUAUUGGUCGUAAAGGAAAUUACUCAUCUGCUAAACGGUCUAGUAAUUCUAGGGUAUCUUCAAGUGGUGGUGGUGAUCCUUUAGCUAGAUUGGGUAAGAAAAGGCAAAAGGGAUCGUUUGAAAAAGCUGUCAAGAGGUCUUCAAAUUCAUAA